CAAAAAGUGCAAGAUUAAAAGAUAUAUAAGCACACAAAGAUCACCGAUGAGGAGUAAAUGGAUCUAUGUGGCUAUCCUGGGGAUAGCAUGCAUGAUGCUUGGAGUCAAUGGGAACAAUACAACAAGCAGUAGCAACUCUACAGGCAGCUGGAUAUCUUCUAACAUGACCACCAACCUGACCCAGACUCUACCACCCAACAUGACCACCAACCUGACCCAGACGCACCCACCCAGCAUGACCACCAACCUAAACCAGGUCGGUCCCUUCAACAUAACCACAAACUUGACUCAAACAGGACCUCCCAACAUAACCCCGAACCUUACCCAGACGGGCCCUCUUAACAUGACCACAAACCCGAACCAGAUCAGCCAUUUUAACAUGACCACAAACCCGAUUCAGAUAGGACCUCUCAACAUGACCACAAACCCAACCCAGAUGGGUCCUCUCAACAUGACCACCAGCCUUACCCAGACAGACCCUCUUAAUAUUACUACAAACCCAUCCCAGAUGGGCCCUCUCAACAUGACCGCAAACCCGAACCAAAUGAGCCCUUUUAACAUGACCACAAACCCAACCCAGAUGGGCCCUCUCAACAUGACCACAAACCCAAACCAAAUGAGCCCUUUUAACAUGACCACAAACCCAACCCAGAUGGGCCCUCUCAACAUGACCACCAACCUGACCACAAACCCGACCCAGAUGGGCCCUCUCAACAUGACCACCAACCUGACCCAAACACGCCCUCCCAACAUGACCACAAACCAUAGCCAGAUGGGCCUUCUCAACAUGACCACAGCUCCAAAUCAGAUGGUAACUUUUAAUAUGACCACAAACCCAACCCAGUUGGGCCCUCUUAACAUGACCACCAACCUGACCCCCAACCUGACCGAAACACACCCUCCCAACAUAACUGCUAACCUGCCCCAAACACACCCUGCCCACUCACUGUAUCAAACAUUAGAACAACACCCUCCCAACAUAACCACCACCCUGCCCCAAACACCCCCUCCCAACAUAACCGCUAACCUGCCCCAAACACACCCUCCCAACAUAACUGCCAACCUGACUCAAACACGCACUCCCAACAUAACUGUCAACCUGCCCCAAACACACCCUUCCAACAUCACAAACUUGACACAGACACGGCCUCCCAAUAUUACCACAAACCCGACCCAUACAGGCCCACUCACUGUAACAAACAUUAGAACAACAUCAGGCUCUAAUACUCAGUCACCAGACAUCACUGGCAGGGAUAACUGCAGGAGGGAUAGGGCAUGUUUCUCCGCUCCACCUACCUGUAAUCCAGGUGCAGAGGGUUCCUGCUAUUUUCUCUCCACAAGAGGAGUAAGCGGAAAUGCAGAUAAUUUUACUUUUGAGCUCAGUGGCGAGACAGAUGGUUACAUUGGAGCUGGCCUCUCUCGAGACAGCAGUGGUCAAGGUGCCACUGUCUAUUCUUGCGCCAAAUUCAAUGAUGCACUGAGGUUAAUUCGUUCCACACUGAACAAUCAAAUACUGACUCAGGAUAAUAUAUUCAUCCCUGGAAGCUUCCGUGGCUCAGUGAUUGGUAGAAAGAUUCAAUGCAUUUUUAAUGCUGCAGGUCUCAGCAGCACCACCCGUUCUGCAACCACAGGCACUUUUGUCUUCCUUGUAACAGGCAGCAUAUCAAAUGGUUCUCUGGAUUCUCCAGUCAGUAGACUGACCACAAAUGGGUCAGUGGACUUAAGCAACCCUAACAGCACAGACGUUUCAGUAAUAACACCUAGUACAAAUGCCACUGCAUCUAAUACCACAGCAACAUCAACCACCACUGCGGCUUCUACGAACUUGACCCAGACACAUCCUCCCAACAUAACCACCAACGUGACCCAAACACACCCUCCCAACAUAACCAUCAACCAGACUCAAACACACCCUCCCAACAUAACCGCCAACCAGACUCAAACACGCCCUCCGAACAUAACCGCCAACCAGAUUCAAACACGCCCUCCCAACAUAACUACUAACCUGACCCCAACACCAUCAGGCUCUAAUACCUUGACCAACAGCAACAUCAAUAAUAUAUCACUAGAUAUUUCUGGCAGGGAUAACUGCAGGAGGGAUAGAGCAUGUUUCUCUGCUCCACCUACCUGUAAUCCAGGUGCACAAGAUUCCUGCUAUUUCCUCUCUGCAAAAGCAGUAAGCGGAAGUGCAGAUAAUUUUACCUUUGAACUCAGUGGCGAGUCAGAUGGUUACAUUGGAGCGGGCCUCUCUCGAGACAGCAGUGGUCAAGGAGCCACUGUCUAUUCUUGCGCCAACGUCAAUGGUGCACUGAAGUUCAUCCGUUCCACACUGAACAAUCAAAGACUGGCUCAGGAUAACACAUUCAUCCCUGGAAGUUUCCGUGGUUCGGUGAAUAGAGGAAAGAUUCAGUGCAUUUUCAAUGCUGCAGGUCUCGGCAGCAUCACUCGUGCGGCAACCCCAGACACUUAUGUCUUCUUUUUAACAGGCAGUGUCUUAAAUGGUUCUCUGGAUUCUCCAGUCAGUAGACUGACCACAAACGGGUCAGUGGACUUAAGCAACCCUAACAGCACAGACGUUUCAGUAAUAAUACCCAGUACAAAUUCCACCACAACAGCACCGAACACCACCACAUCUAAUUCCUCUGUAGCAUUAAACACCACAACGGCCCCGAACACCACCACAUCUAAUUCCACUGCAACAUCAAAUGCCACUGCAUCCUCAAAUACCACUGCAUCUACUGCCUCUGGAGUAUCUACAGCUAAUAACGGUACAACAAAUGAGAAAGUCACCAAGGACAACUGUAAGAAGGACAGGGCAUGUUUCUUCACUCCAGCCAACUGUGAUCCAUCGAGCUCAAGUAGCUGCUUUUUCACCUCCACAAGAGGGGUGAACGGAGACUCAGACAAUCUCACUUUUGAGCUCAGUGGAGAUUCAAACGGUUACAUCGCAGUUGGCCUGUCUCGAGACAAGAAGGAGGGUGAUGAUGACACCGUCUACUCUUGUGCCAAUGACAAUGGCGUGGCGAAGUUCAUUCGUGCCACACUGAACAACGCCAUUCUGACUCCGGACAAGACUUUUAACCCUAGAUCCUUCCGUGGCUCUGUGAGCGGCACUAGGAUUCAAUGCAUUUUUGUAGCUGUAGGUCUCAGCAGCAGCACCCGUGCGGCAAACACAAAUACUUUCCUCUAUUUCUUCACUGGCAACUUUACAAAUGGCACUCUGGGGUCUCCAGUCACACGAAUGUCUACAAAUUCAUCGGUUGAUCUGACCAACACUAACAGCUCAGACGUUGCCAUAAUAACACCCACUACAAACACAGACUCUAAUACUACCACUAUUACCGUUUCUACUACUGCGACAACGACUACUACAGCAAAACCUGCUACUACAGCAGGGAGCAAUGCACUGCAUCAUGCUGCAUCACAGGCUGCUCUGGUAAUUCUCUCAGGGAUCCUUGCAGUGCUCCUGUUGUAAGGAUGCUGCCCACACAUUUGCUUUCUGAAACUGGUCGAUGAGCACUGGACGCUUGAUGAACCCAACACCAAAGUAUAUGUAAUUCAGCAUAUUUAUAACUGUGCAAUAUUGCGACUCUGGGAACAAUGAAGAAAGGAGCUGAAAAUAUGGGGAAGAGGGCAAUACAUCAUUCAUUUAAUCUCUGUGUUUGUGUGAGAGAGAUUGUGUUUAUGAAUGUUUUUGCGAGCGUUAGUGUUUGUAUUCUGCUAAUGUACUGCUAUUUAAAAUCAAGCUCCUGCACAGAGAGGGCUGAUACAAUUAUAAUCAGUCUAUUCAUUUAAUUGUGCAAGUGUGACACCAUCAAGCGGCUGAAAAUAUCUAAGAUAAUUGUUUUUAAAUGUCUUAAUUUAUUCUUACUUAUACCUCAAACUAUUGAUUGUU